CUCUAGAUAAAUAUUAAAAUAUUGUUCAAGAGAAAGUUGAGAGCUUUGUUUUCUUCUCAUUGUGUGAAUUCUUAAGCGAAGCAAAGUCUUCUCUUUCACACCUUUCUCAAUCUCAAAACCCCAUUGAAGAAGAAUCUAGGGCUUGAACCACCCUGUCCAAGUCCAACAAGGUCUGUUCUUUUGGUUCCUUUUCCUGCUUUUUUACUCCAAAUUUGAUCGAUUUCUCUUUCUUUCCUUUUUGGAAAUAGUUUUUACAAGCUUUAACAUCCAUCUUGUUCUUUUCUUUUUCUUUUUUUUUUCCUUUUUCUUUUUUAAAUUCAAAUUUCACUGACCAGUUGAUCAAGGUAUUCUGAGUCUCCUUUGCUUUGGAAAAUUAAAAGCUUUUGAUGUGCUGCAAUUCCUGAAAUUUAAAUGAAAAAACUCAAACUUGGGCCUUUCUUUUUGCGAAAAAUAGGAUUUUGACUAUCUGGGUCUUUGUCUUAUCUUAUAUGGAUGGUCAUGCAUCUAUUGUUCAACUAGUUUUUAGUAUUUGAAAAUUUUGGGGUCUGUUAUGGCAUGCUUUUGUUAAGUUUUUGGGGUUUGGGUAUUUAGGGUUUUUGCUUUGUUUUUUGGUUUUGGGUUGGGAGUUAGUAUGGAGGACGUUGAAGAAGCUAACAAAGCGGCCGUAGAGAGCAGCCAUAGAGUUCUAAACCUUUUAUCUCAGCCCCAAGAUCAGGUUCAGUGUAGGAAUUUAAUGGUUGAGACUGGGGAGGCUGUGUCAAGGUUCAAGAAAGUUGUUUCUAUUCUCAAUUCUAGAGUUGGUCAUGCGAGAGUCAGGAUGCCUAACAAAGUCCAAAUCCCUUUUCCCCAUAGCAUCUUCUUAGAGAGCCCACUUUGUAGAACAGACCACCAACCCAAAAAUCUGCAAUUUCUUCAGUCUAGCUUUUCUGAAAACCCAAUUCAAGAUAUGGGUUCGAAUGUUAAAAGUACGUUGUGUUUGGGAAGCCCUUCUUUGGAAUUGGGCUCUAAUGGAAAAGGUCCUCUCCAACUGACACCAUCAGCACACCAAUAUCACUUCCUCCAGCAACAGCAGCAACAACAAAGGUUAUUGCUUCAGCAGCAACAGAUGAAACAGCAAGCGGAAAUGAUGUACCGCAGGAACAAUAGUGGCAUUAAUCUGAAUUUUGAUAGCUCUAGUUGUACUCCAACCAUGUCAUCCACUAGGUCUUUUAUUUCCUCCUUGAGUAUAGAUGGAAGUGUGGCUAACUUGGAUGGAUCUCAUGGAAGUGCUUUCCAUUUGAUUGGGGCACCACACUCUUCGGAUCAGAAUUCACAACAGCAUAAGAGAAAGUGUUCUGGCAGGGGAGACGAUGGGAGUGUCAAAUGUGGGAGCUCUGGUAGAUGUCACUGCUCAAAGAAGAGGAAACAUAGGGUGAAGAGAUCAAUUAAGGUACCUGCAAUCAGUAACAAGCUGGCAGAUAUACCUCCUGAUGAUUACUCCUGGAGGAAGUAUGGGCAGAAGCCAAUCAAGGGUUCUCCUCACCCUAGGGGAUACUACAAAUGUAGCAGCAUGAGAGGUUGUCCUGCAAGGAAGCAUGUUGAGAGGUGCUUGGAAGAGCCUUCCAUGCUCAUUGUUACCUAUGAAGGCGAGCAUAACCACCCCAGGUUACCAUCACAGUCUACAACCACAUGAAUGGCAUGGAGAGCUUCACCAAGGUCAAGCCCCGCUGUUCAAUUUACCAAAUCCUUAUGUAUGGUUGGCUUGGAAUGCUCCUGUACAUAUUUUGCAUCUUUUGACCGUGGAUAUACUUGGAGCAGUUUUUUUUUUGGCUUUGGAGUGUUUGGCUCCAAGCAUUUUAAGCUUAAUUGGCAAAGUGGGAAUGAAGCCCGGUGCAAAACUGAAGAAUUCUGUAAAAUUGGGGGGGUUUCAAUUGUAAGAACUCUUUCAUCUGUUUUAGUAAGCAAUGGUUUAAACAGUUUAGGUUUUCUAAAUGAAUGAAUUGCCUCUAAAUUGGGAAUUCUUGAUU